AUGCUGGAUCAAGGUGAGAAGGUGAACCCCAUGCAGGAACUUCGAAUUCUCAAAUUCUGCCUUAACAUUUGCGUCGGAGAGAGUGGAGACAGAUUGACACGGGCAGCCACGGUAUUGGAGCAGCUCACAGGCCAGACUCCUGUGUUUUCUAAAGCUAGAUACACUGUCAGGUCCUUUGGUAUCAGGAGAAAUGAGAAGAUCGCUGUCCACUGUACAGUCCGAGGGGUGAAGGCAGAAGAAAUCCUGGAGAAAGGCCUAAAGGUGCGAGACUAUGAAUUAAGGAAACAUAACUUCUCCAAUACUGGAAACUUUGGUUUUGGAAACCAGGAACACAUCAGUCUGGGCAUCAAAUAUGACCCAAGCAUUGGUAUCUACAGCCUGGACUUCUGUGUGGUGCUGGGCAGGCCAGGUUUCAGCAUCGCAGACAAAAAGCAUAGGACAGGCUGCCCUGGUGCCAAACACAGAAUCAGCCAAGAGUAG